AUGAGAACUGAAAUCUUCUGUAAAUGGCUCACAAAACUUGAUGAAAAGUUUCGUUUAGCAAACUGGCAAAUUUUGUUGUUAGUUAAAGGUGCAAAGAGCUAUUAUAAUCCUAAUAAAGAAUUGAGUAAAGAAGAAAAUAAUGAAAAAUCAAGUAAUAAAGAAUCAGAAAGUAAAAGUGAAGAAGUUGAAGAAUUAGAAACUGAAAA